CUAUUCCUACAAUCCUUCCCACAUUACAAUAAUUACAAUGUCAAGUCUCUCACUCCUAUUGGUUCUUGUCGCCGGCCUUUUCGCUGCUGCACUUGCCGGACCGGCGACCUUCGCCGAUGAGAAUCCGAUCAGGCAAGUAGUAGUUUCCGAAGAGCUGGAGAACGGAAUUCUUCAAGUCGUCGGCCAGACUCGCAAUGCUCUCUCCUUCGCUCGCUUUGCUAUCAGGCAUCGGAAAAGGUACGAGUCCGUUGAGGAGAUCAAGCAAAGGUUCGAGAUAUUUUUGGACAAUCUGAAGAUGAUCCGAUCGCAUAACAGCAAAGGACUAUCAUACAAACUCGGUGUCAAUGAGUUUACCGACCUAACAUGGGAUGAGUUCCGUAGACACAAGUUGGGGGCAUCUCAAAACUGUUCUGCCACUACAAAGGGCAAUCUCAAGCUAACUAACGUCGUUCUGCCAGAGACGAAGGACUGGAGGGAAGUCGGUAUUGUUAGCCCAGUGAAGGCACAGGGCAAGUGCGGAUCUUGCUGGACAUUCAGCACUACUGGUGCACUAGAGGCAGCAUAUGCCCAAGCAUUUGGGAAGGGAAUCUCUCUGUCAGAGCAGCAGCUUGUGGACUGUGCUGGAGCUUUUAAUAACUUUGGCUGCAAUGGGGGGUUGCCAUCACAAGCCUUUGAGUACAUUAAAUUCAAUGGUGGUCUUGACACUGAAGAAGCAUAUCCAUACACCGGCAAGAAUGGCAUAUGUAAAUUCUCACAAGCAAAUAUUGGUGUCAAAGUCAUCAGUUCUGUCAAUAUUACCCUGGGUGCUGAAGAUGAACUGAAAUACGCAGUUGCAUUGGUUAGGCCUGUUAGUGUUGCUUUUGAGGUGGUAAAAGGUUUCAAACAGUAUAAGAGCGGAGUUUACACCAGCACUGAAUGUGGCGACACUCCCAUGGACGUAAACCAUGCUGUUCUUGCUGUGGGUUACGGUGUUGAAAAUGGCGUUCCCUACUGGCUCAUAAAGAACUCAUGGGGAGCAGAUUGGGGUGAGGAUGGAUACUUCAAAAUGGAGAUGGGAAAGAACAUGUGUGGUGUUGCGACUUGCGCAUCCUACCCAAUCGUUGCCUAAGCUUUGGAGUUUUGUGAAAAAAUUAUGCAUAAAUCCGUGUUGUCCCAGUUAAUGAUGCAGCAGCAGCAUUCAGGCUCCAUUCUCAGAUUUAUAUUCAGAACAUGUAUGGAUCGUUAUACAUACAAAAAUGGUUUAGGCUACUUAUAUGAAAGAAACAAUAAGAUCAAAAUAUUUAGUUCACAGAGAUUAUUAUGCAGGAAAAGUCCCCAUGUAAUUUAUACAUUAUAAGUAAUGAAAGGGAGGAAGAAAUUCUUAUUGUAAGCAUUAUUAAUCCACUGUUGUCCUUAGUUUA